AUGGCGAUCUUUUCAAAUCUAUCUUCCACGCAGAAAGUGCAAGCUGCGUUAUAUCGCGAUGUACGUUCGAUUUGUACAGAGGCGUGUCACUUCUUGGGUUUGGAAAUCACGAAACCGGCAAUGGAAAUUAUUUCCGAACUAGUCUUUAAAAAGUGUGCGGUUUAUGGUACAGACUUAGAAGCAUUUGCAAAACACGCAAAAAGGUCUACUAUUAACGCAGAAGAUGUAAAGUUGUUAGUUAGAAGAAAUCCGUCCUUGAAAGCUCGCCUGAACUCAAUAAGUACCAAUUCAACAUCGAAGGAGAAAAGACGGAAGACCUUACCUUCAGUUAUGAAGCAGGUGGAAACGCCUAAAACAAAAGAGAAAAGUGACAAUGAUGUCGAACAUAAUAUUAUGGCUAUCGAUCAAACGAUAGAUCUUACUUUUGAAUAA